UCUUCCCAAGUCCUACUGACUGCGACCCGAUCACCAUUACAAUUAAAUCCUCAAUAUCAUAUUAUUAUAUAUUAAUAAAAGAAAAUAUAUUUCUUUUAAUAAUUUUAUGUAGAGAUUUAUUCCUUCGUAUAUCUUUGCGUUUGCACCGUCUUUUGAUUCUUCGUUUCUCAUGUUUUUUGUUUUGUUGCAUUAAUUAUUCUCCUUUUUCUUAAUUUAUUUUCAUCGAUUGAUUUUUAUAUUUAUUUCUUACAUUUUAUUUCUUGAGGGGGGUUUCUUGUGAGCUUAUACAAGAACUAACAAUGCAAGCAACUGAAGCUGUUAGCAAUGGAGUUUCAAAUGGUUCUUCUCAGGCAAAUUCUCCUGUUCCGGAACCCUUAGAUAACAAGCCUCCAAGGCCCGAAACAAGUGGUCGUCACUCUGAUCUUUCACUUCAAAUACCACCUAGACCAAUAGGAUUUGGUAGUCAUAGUGGAAAGGGUUUACUUCAGUCCCAAGGUUCCGGUAAAAGCGGUUCCUCACCGGUAGGCUUCUUACGUGGCUUAAGCUUCAAGAAAAAGGGUAUCAUAGCUGAUGGCGAGAGAAGCUUCCUCCUCACCCCUGACAACAAAACUGGUCCAGAAAGUCCGAGUAUGGCUAGUUUUCCAUCCCCAUCUUUUUGGCAAAGAUGUACAUCGCUGCCUGUCACACCGGCAUCAAAUUUGUCCCCAUCAGUUGCCACGCCUGCUACAGAAAGGAUGGCUGGAGAACGGAGUAAAUUGAAUAAAGGAGCUAAGCUUGCUGUGGUUUCGAGGUCUCUUUCAGUUCCCGGACGAAAUGUCGUUAUAGUGAGAUCUGCAUCUUUCGAUACUCGUAAAGAGCAUGCCCCUACUGAGAACAGUGAUGAUAUUAAUCCCGUUACUGCAGAAAGUGAUGACGAGGAGAUUCCUGAAGAGGAAGCCGUGUGCAGAAUCUGUUUCGACGAAUGUGAUGAGAGGAAUACACUUAAAAUGGAAUGCAGCUGCAAAGGUGCCCUACAACUUGUGCACGAGGUGUGCGCCAUAAAAUGGUUUAGUGUGAAAGGAAACAAAAACUGCGACGUAUGUGGACAGGAAGUGAGGAACUUACCCGUAACUUUGUUGCGGGUGCCUACUACGGCUCGAAGGAGUAAUAGACAGAACAUCGAUCCACAAAGAUUACCAUCAGAAACCGUGAGUGUCUGGCAGGAUUUCGUGGUUCUCGUGUUAAUUAGCACGAUAUGCUAUUUCUUCUUCCUCGAGCAACUACUGAUUCGGGAAAUGAAGACUCAAGCGGUUGUGAUUGCCGCGCCAUUUGCGUUUACCCUAGGCCUCUUAGGCUCUAUCUUUGCCCUCAUCUUAGCAAUCAAGGAGUAUAUAUGGACGUAUGCAGCUUUUGAGUUCGCACUCGUUGCAGUAAUCGUGCACGUAUUCUACACCGUGGUCCAUAUGAAGGCUGUUUUCUCUAUACUGUUAUCGGGAAUGAUAAGUUUCGGGACAGCUAUGGCACUCAAUUCAUUGUAUAUCCGGUGUUUCGGUUGGCGAGUUCAGGUUGCCGGAAAUUCGAACCCAGUGUGAUUCGGUUUAGUGACUGGUGCUCCUGCAUUUUUAUGCUUAUUACCUAGUAAUUGAGGCCUUAAAUGUAGAUAUAAUGUUUGUUGCUAAAUAUCGGAUAGCAUUAGGUUGAGCUUGUAUGCAACGAGUGUCGUAUUAAAUCCGAGUAUCACUUUUUAAAUUUAAAUACGAAUUAAUUAAAUUCAGUCUAA